CUCCGUUCGUCACCACUCCUCCCCCCGCUGGUUUCGAUCGGGCACCGCUAAUGGAGCCCGACGCCUCCGCUCUCCUUCUCGAUGCCCUGCAGAGCUGCGACUACCGAGGCCUCUAUGAUCGGUUCGCUUCCUUCCUCCUCCCGUUCGGCGAUUUCGUUCCUCUUCAUUCCCACAACGUUAACCCACCCGCGACCAAGAAGGGCGCCACCACCACCACUUCGUCUUCCGUCUCCGCCACCGCCGCUCCCAAGAAGAGAGGCCCUCCGAAGAAGAAGAAGAAGCUGGAACCAGAUCCCGCGGCGCUCCGCCCCCUUGCGAAGCAAUUUCUACCCUUCCUUUGCCGCGCCCUGAAACACCUCCCCGCCCUCCUCCGCAAGAGCCCCAAAUCGACCAAUGUCGACGUGGACGACCGGCGCAUCGUGGAGCUUCUUGCGGUGUACCGGCUUUUGCUUGAUUGCUUGGCGUGCAUUGGCCCUUGCCUCGCUGGUAAGCCGUACUCGGUUCACCUCCAGAGGGGCCGGCUUGUGGUCUGCUUGGAAGCCUGUGGGAGGUACGCGGAGGCUGAAGAGGAGGCUUUGGCACUCCUCGAGAGCCUCGGGGCAAUACUGGUCGAGGCUGCUUCUAUGCCCAAGUCGCGCAAGAUGAAGAUUGCUGGUGGCGGUUGCUUCUUACCUGAUCCAGAACAAGUUGGUGCUGAUGAUCCGGAAAUCACCAUGCUGGUUAUCGAGGUCAUUACCGUCCUCAGUGGCUGUGCGUACAAGAGUAAGAUCACGAAGGAAGUUGCUUAUGACAGAAUUUUGACUCUGGUUGAUCAGGUUCAGCCAUGGCUUCGGUUCUUAAAUCCAGAAGCACUUCAGAAGUACCAGGUUUUGCUUGUAAAUACCUUGUACAAGUGUUCACUUUUCUUAGUUGAAGAAUACAAAGAUUUUGAAAAAGAGCUGGUGCAACGAUUUUGCAUCAGAAUGUUGAGGGAGUGUAUAAUAUCUCGUUCAGUAGAUCGCUUUGCAAGUAUGGUGAGAAAGAUCACUUCAUCUAUCAACUUGCAGUGGGCUGGUGGGAGCUUCCUUUUGCUUGGCAUUCUAAAUUUAACUCUGGAGUCUAUUGUGUGUAGCUGCAAGGUUGAUUUGCUGGAAGCUGUAAAUGAGUUUCUUGAAAUUGUAUCAUAUUUUGCUAGCAGAAUUUGUGCUGCCAAUAUAGAUAUAUGUAGGAGUUCAGCAAACCUGUUAUAUGAACAAGGUGAAGAUGUCCUUCAGGUGUCCUCCCUUGUUGCAUCAAUUUUGACUCUUUAUGCUAGUGGCUUGCACUUUAAAUAUAGCAGUAUUCAGCCUAAAGAAAGUGUGAGUGAUUUCCAUAGUUCUAAUAAUGCCAACACUAUCAUGUUAUUUCAUGACUGUGGAGUUGAUCUGCAAAAAUUGUCUAUUAUACUGGACAGUUUAGCAAGUAGCUUUCACAUGUCAAGUUAUGUAAAUGAAACAGUUUUCAAUAGUGAGAUCAAAGACUCGAGGGUUUUGCCGGCGGUGGCUUCAGAAUCUGGCAAGUUUGAUGCUUGUAUGCAGACACAUGGAAAAACCUCGCUAAUUUCAUAUAUAGAUGCUUUGGAGUUUCUAUGUAAGCCAAUAGUUGAAAAUGUAAACACAGCUUGGAAAAACUUGACUCCUGAACAAGAAUCUAUUCUUCAUUCGGACACCUUAAAUUAUGUUCAGAAGGUGUUGCAUCAGUUUUCUGAUCUAAUACUUGCUGCCUCCAGACAUAGUGAUAUAUCUGAGAGGGUGGAGCAGAGGUUAAAUGAAAGCCAUGGAACAUUGCUUCAAGUUGCAGUUGCAGCUUUCAGAAUCUCCCUUCUAAUUGGUGGAAAAUACCAGAAGAGUCUUCUUCACAUCAAUUGUAUCAUUUCAAGUACAUGGAUUGAGCCUCAAGAGCUGAAGUUUCUUAUUUCAGCAAUUAGUAAUGUUGGAGCUGUAUGUUACAAUAAUGGAUGGUUGGAGAAGGCGUCAAAAGCAUUACAAUUGUGUAUUGAAAUAAUAUGGACAUAUGUCAAACUCAUGUGCGGUACGUACUCAUCUAAGUCAAAGGGAGUCUACAGCGAUAAUAUGGCUGAAGUUCAAUAUAAAGAUGCCAUUAAUGAUGCAUUGUCAAGGAUUGCUACAGUAAUUGAUUUUCUUUACAAAUGUGGUGCCAAAAACAUAAAAGAAAUCAUCAUUAAAAGUCUUUAUAAACUCUCUGCUGCUGAAGAUAUACUCCAUGACAUGACUGGCUUAUUGACCUUGAUGAAACAGUGGGUUAAGAUCACAUGUAAAGAAUUUAAGGAUGUUGAUGCGGUUGAUAAUGCACCAGUUCUCUAUUCCUCACUACUGGACUAUCAUUCGACUUGGUCAAUGAAAAUAAUAAGCAUAAUCCUUGAGCAGGAACUUGUUGCCUAUAACCUGAUGGAAUCUCGAAAUCCAAAGUUAUGUCAAAAAAUGGAAUUAAAAGUUAUGGAUUUUCUUUUAAAAGAUGUGUAUACCUCGAAAGAUUAUAACCUGCAAAGAUCUAGGGUUUUAGUCACCAAAGGAAGGGCUUUUAGGGCUCAUGGAACAGAAGGCUUAAGCAAGUGUCUUGAAUGCCUUUCUGAAGCUAUUUCCUUACUUAGAUUCAUAUCUGAUGAUUCUUCUCAAGAUAUUGCUUCAGUUUCUCAUCAAUUGGCCCUCACAUACAUCUUGUAUGCACAUUGUGCCCAGGAGGCUAAUCAAGACUGUGGUGUAAUCCUGCAUAAUGUUCAUUGCGCACUGAAUUUAUGGUCGGAAAUGAAUGUCCAAGGUUAUUGUUCUCCUAGCAACUACCAUCAAUGGGGAACAAUGAGUAUUUUGCCCCUCUUAUGCUCUAUGGUUGAUUUGUUGUCAUUAAAGGGUUGCUUGAAAUUUCAACUUGAAAUCUGUAAGGUGAUAAUCAGAUUCUCCAUGCUGGAGAAUAUGUUGUCAGAGAAAUGCAUUUUCAUGCUAUGGUCUAACAGAAGGCUUAACCAUUCACUUUGUAGCUCUCCAAUUGAUGAAGUUUUUGUUUUGAACAUCUCAGAACAGUUUGGUUUAAAUGUCAACUUUUUGGAUUAUUGGAUAAAUUGCAUAAAACAACAUCCUCCAUCACAAUGCAUGUUAUUGCAGAAGUUGUUCCCAAAUGAUUUUGUUCUUUCUGAAGCAACUGGACAUUCUUCCAAAAGACCUUUCGGUGCACAAAUUAGUACCGAAGAAGUUAAAGAGGUUGCAACAUCCCUAGUUGCUGAGGUUCCUUUCACCUAUCAAUCUGCUUUCAUUGCUGCUUAUCUUUACCAUGAUUUGUCUGAAAGGCUUUUCUCCAAUGGAAGAAUUUCUGAGGCUCUUCUAUAUGCGAAAGAGGCACUCUGUCUGAGAAACAAAAUUUUACGGAGGAAAUUCAUUUAUACAGUUGUUGAACAGUCAGCGCAAUCGAAGUCUGAUGGAGUAACUCAAUACAGAAAUGAUCACAUCAGCCUUGUGCCAAUUAGCAAUGUUAUCACUGACGUAUGGCCAGAUUUUAAUAAAUCAGGGAACUUAGAUGACUCUCUUCUUAGUCCAUGGAGUGUUCUCAGAUGCUACCUUGAAAGUACAUUUCAGGUCGGGAUUAUCCAUGAAUCAACUGGUAAUGGUGCUGAGGCAGAGUGUCUUUUUCGAAUAGGAAAAAACAUAUCCUGUUUACAAGGUUUCCCAGUCCUUGCAAUUGCUUUCACAAUGCUGUUAGGUCAAUUAUAUCGUAGGAAACAUCAAUGGGACUUGGCCGAAAAUGAGCUUAAAUCUGCUAAGAAGCUGCUUGUGGAGUAUGACAACAUUAUCUCAUGCACUCGCUGCAAAAUGGUCCUUGAGGUUACAAUCGAUAUGCAAGUUGGUGAUUUAUACAGAAGUCUCUUUGACAAAGGCACUCAGAUCAAGUCCACAGGAAGCUUAUCUGAUGCUCUGGGUUUAUAUAGAUCAGCUCUUGAAAAGCUGGAACUUGCUGAGAUGGUGAGUUGCAUUGACAUCUGUCAGAAACCAGAAGCUAAUGGUGGCAUAUUACAAAAUGAUGAUUCUAUUAAGGAAGCCAGUAACAGAAUUCAACAGACAAUUAAAUUAUGCUCAUCUACCAAGGAAGAAAACUCAUCUGUAUGCAGCAUCUGCCGCUCACUGAAUAGCCAUAAAAGUGUUUUUCAUACUCGGCAAGUGCCAAAGGAAUCUGAUGAGAUAAGCCUUUUGAAAACUGUAAACAGAAAAUCACAAGUCAAGAACAUAUCUAAAAAAUCUUUAAGAUGCUCAACAAAAAAUCUUAAUCAUCAAUCUAAAGCGAGGAGAAAUGGUUCUAGUAACCAAGACAGUAAUGUCAUGAAUGCCACAUCUGUAGGAUAUAGCAAGUUCAAUGGGUCUGCAAAUCAUGAGCUUUGUACUGAAGCAAUCAGUUGUGGAGAACUUUUGAAGGAACACAAUGGGGCUGCUGAAGCUGAUUGUGGAGAUAAAGAAGAAUGGAAAUGCAGCAAAAUGGAGUGUUGGAGGUGCCUAAUCCAUCAAGUGAUGGAAACUGGAUUCAUGCAAAAUAUUAUUCAUCUGCAUUGGGAAUGUCAUCGUCGGCGUCUUGUACUGAUGCUGCUCCUUAAGAUAGCAAAGUGUUUAGGUACUCACAAUGGAAAGCAUGGCGAGCAUGAAGUACAUGAAGUGUUUGGGCAAUGUGUUUUGGUGAUGUUCAAUUGGAAAUCCUUAAAGCAUUGUGGAAUGCCGGAUUCCAGCUUAAUUGAGUGUGUUGUGGAUGAAAGUUUAGGUGAUUUCUUUCGUAUUGAACGUGCAGCAGUACUGUAUAACAUGAGUUGGUAUUCGUUGAAGAAAAUCAUAUCAGAGCAUCCCAGGAUCCCUUGCUGCAGUCUUUCCAAGAUCCAGAUGUCCACCGUCCUUCGGUGGUUGCUUAAAGCCUUCAUACUCUGCCAAGAAAGCCCUUUGCUUUUUCAGAAGGUCUCUCGACUACUUUCUUCCAUAUUUCUGCUCACGACACUUGAUGGCUCAAUUUCUUUACCUUUGCAAACUGAAAAUUCUAUCUCUUUAAACCAUUGGGCUGCAUAUUUCCAUCAAGUCUCAGUUGGUACGUAUCUACACUGCCAAUAUUAUUCAAGGGACAAGGCCUGCAGCUCUAAGACUCCUGAGGUUUGUUGGUGAUUUAUUUAGCGUGCUUGAUAUUAUGGAUCUAAUCUG